AUGGCGAAACAGAAGCACUUUGUUUUCGUUGAAGCAGCUUGCUUUGAUAUGGAAUUGCAUUGGUUACAUGUUAGGAUGGAGCUCAGAUCAGCUGGUCACGGAGUCACUUGUAUAGACCUGGGAACUACUGGGUUUAAUACCAAAAAAUGGGAUGAGGUUCUUAAUCUUUCAGAAUUCUUGCAGCCACUCACAGGAUUCCUACGCUCUCUCAGACCUCCACAGAAAGUGAUUUUGGUCGGUCACAGCUAUGGUGGCCUCAGUAUAUCUCUGGUCACCGAGAAAUACCCGGAAAAAGUCUUGGCCGCAGUGUUUGUUUCGGCCUUUAUGCCUAAUCACAGAACUCCCCCGGGAUUUCUCUUACAAGAUUAUCUGGACAGGACUCCAAGGCAGUCCUUCAUGGAUAGCCAGAUAAAAUACGACAAUGGCUCGGAAAAACCUCCAACGUCGAUUCGCUUUGGUUACGAAUACUUAAGGACCAAGGCGUAUAAGAACUGCCCCCUCCAUACAUAUGUGAGCGGCUUCUGGACGGCAAGAACAACAAGGUUUUUGCUGGAAGAGUUGUCCCAAGAAAAUCUGUUGACAAAAGAGAGGUAUGGCGCAGUGGAUCGAUAUUAUGUGAUGAGUGAAGAGGAUGAUGUGAUAAAGCCAGAUUUCCAGAGGGAAAUGGUCGAGAAUUACCCUCCACAACAAGUGGUGAUGAUAAGGGGAGCUGAUCACAUGAUCAUGCUUUCUAAGGCUGCAGAGUUAAUCAAAACCUUGAAAGAUAUUGCUCUCAAAUAUAAAUGA